ACUGUCGCUCUCUCUCUUACAGCUCGUAUUCUCUUCACCGACGCCCAGCGUCUUCCUCUCUUCACAGAAAGAGAGAAGGCGAAGGACGCGAUAAUUCUUUUAGAUCCGUGGCGAUUUUUCUCCGGAGAAGCAAGGUGUAGAGAUUCAAAGGAUUUUUGUGAGUAACAAAAAUGGCAUUUGGGAAAAAUGCCAGAGCGGACAGUAGGAGGUCAUCAUCUUCCUACUGUUCAACUGUGACAAUCAUCGUGUUUGUUGCUCUUUGCUUGGUUGGGGUUUGGAUGAUGACAUCAUCAUCUGUAGUUCCUGUUCAAAGGGUAGACACGUCUUCUCAAGAUACCAACACUGAAGUAAAACAAGUGACUGAGAGUGGUUCUCGCCAAUUUGAGGAUAGUCCUGGUGAUUUACCUGAAGAUGCAAUGAAAGGGGACAGCAGCACCAGCACUCUUCAGGAUGACAGCAAAUCUGAUGAGCAGGAGAAUCAAAAUACACCUGAGCAAACAAUUGAAAUUGAGGAAAAGCAGGAAGAAAAGCCUGAGGAGAAUGAUGAUAAGAAGACUGAAGAGGAGUCCAAAACAGAAAAUGAAAAUGACGGGGAUGGGAAGAUGGAUGUCGAGGAAUCCAAAAAGGAAGAGCCAAAUUCAGAAAGCGAAGAAACAAAAACGGAAGGUAGUGAAGGCGAGCAGACAGAAUCUGAGGAGAGCUCAGGUGAGAAGAAAGAUUCAGAGGACAAAGUUGAGGAGAGAUCAGAAGAAACAAAGCAAGAGGACAAAGUUGAGAGCAAUAUAGAGGAGAAGACAAAGCAAGAUCAAGAGGAGAAGGAGCAGAGCUUGGAUGAAAAUAAGAAGGAUGGCCAGGUCCCAAGUGAGGUAUUUCCUGCUGGGUCCCAGUCUGAGAUUCUUAAUGAGACAACUACUGAAAAUGGGGCAUUCUCAACUCAAGCAGUGGAGUCGAAGAAUGAAAAGGACACACAAAAAUCUAAGGACAAGAAGGGGUACAGCUGGAAGCUUUGUAACGUCACUGCUGGGCCAGAUUACAUCCCUUGUCUUGAUAAUUUGCAAGCUAUUAGGAAGCUCCCAAGUACCAAGCACUAUGAACAUCGAGAAAGGCAUUGCCCUGAAGAGGCCCCCACUUGUCUUGUUUCUCUACCUGAAGGAUACAAGAUCCCAAUUAAGUGGCCUAAGAGCAGGGAAAAGAUAUGGUACUACAAUGUUCCCCACACCAAGCUUGCAGAGGUAAAGGGACACCAAAACUGGGUCAAAGUUACUGGCGAGUAUCUUACUUUCCCUGGUGGUGGAACUCAGUUCAAGCAUGGUGCUCUUCAUUACAUUGAUUUCAUUCAGGAGUCUCUGCCUGACAUUGCAUGGGGGAAACGCACACGUGUGAUAUUGGACGUUGGGUGUGGAGUGGCGAGCUUUGGGGGAUUUCUCUUUGAAAGGGAUGUCCUUGCCAUGUCAUUUGCUCCCAAGGAUGAACAUGAAGCACAGGUGCAAUUUGCUCUAGAAAGGGGUAUCCCUGCCAUUUCAGCUGUGAUGGGCACCAAAAGACUACCCUUUCCUGGUAGAGUGUUUGAUGUUGUCCACUGUGCACGCUGUAGGGUGCCCUGGCACAUUGAAGGUGGCAAACUUCUCUUAGAGCUGAAUCGUGUUUUGCGACCUGGUGGUUACUUUGUUUGGUCUGCUACUCCAGUUUACCAAAAACUGGAAGAAGAUGUUCAGAUCUGGAAAGCCAUGUCUGCAAUGACGAAGUCAAUGUGCUGGGAGUUGGUUACAAUUAAAAAGGACACGGUGAAUGGAGUAGGUGCAGCAAUAUAUAGGAAGCCUACUUCCAAUGUGUGCUAUGACAAGAGGCCACAGAAUGAGCCUCCACUCUGCCAAGAAUCUGAUGAUGCAAAUGCAGCUUGGAGUGUGCCGUUGGAGGCAUGUAUGCACAGGGUACCAAUGGAUAUUUCAGAUCGCGGGUCUCAAUGGCCAGAGCAGUGGCCAGAAAGACUUGAGAAACCUCCUUACUGGUUGAAGAGUUCUCAGACUGGUGUCUAUGGCAAGCCAGCACCAGAUGAUUUUGCAGCAGACUAUGAGCACUGGAAACGUGUUGUGACCAAGUCAUAUCUGAAAGGAAUGGGCAUCAACUGGUCAUCUAUCAGAAAUGUCAUGGACAUGAGAUCUGUAUACGGCGGUUUUGCUGCAGCUCUUAAAGACUUGAAGGUGUGGGUCAUGAAUGUCGUCCCAAUUGAUUCACCCGACACACUUCCCAUAAUUUAUGAACGGGGUCUAUUUGGGAUAUAUCAUGAUUGGUGUGAAUCAUUCAGCACCUACCCAAGAUCUUAUGACCUUCUCCAUGCAGAUCAUCUCUUCUCCAAACUCAAAAAGAGGUGCAACUUGGUGGCAGUGGUAGCAGAGGUGGAUCGAAUACUGAGGCCAGAAGGAAAGCUGAUUGUACGAGACAAUGUUGAGACCAUUGGGGAGUUGUCAAACAUGGCGAGAUCUUUGCAGUGGGAGAUCCGCAUGACCUACUCACAGGAUAACGAGGGAUUGUUGUGUCUCCAAAAGACCGUUUGGCGGCCAACAGAGCAAGAGACAAUCUCAUAUGCUAUUGCCUGAGAGCAUUGUAAUGUCCUUCAACCAUUGUUUUCAAACUUAGUCAUUGCGAAGAUAGAAGAUUCCUAUAGUAGAUAUUCUUUUGGUAGCGUUGCUUGGUACCCAAUUUCAAUUUGUGAUAAAUGUAAUUUUAGAUUUUUAUCCUAGAUCAUGUAUCAUUUCAGUUGGUCCCUCUAAUUCCUCUCCUUCGUCUUGUUUCUUGUAUUUCUUUUAAUAUCUUUCAGAGGGGAUGUCCUGAAUUUUGACUGUAAAGUCAUAUUAUGAGAUACCGAUUGGAAUCAAUGCAUUCUUGAAAGUGUAAAAGCUCUUAGUUUGUUUACGUUCAAACAUGAUUUGCUUAUUCA